AUGCGUCCGCACUUCAAUUCUAAUCCUUACCACUCUAAUCAACUCCAAUCCAACGGAACUGCUCCUCCGGAAAAUCAACAGGUUAUGGCAAAUCCAGGUAGUUUUGCCCCAAACCCACUGCAAAUUCAGCAUCAACUUCAAAUGGGAAUGGGAAUGCUCAAUCCUGGGAUUCCAUUGCCAUUUACUAACCUAAAUACGGGUUUUGCGCCUAGCCAGUUUUUCCCUUUUCCGCAAGGGCCACUACAGAACCCUAACUUGAAUUUAAUUGCGCUUAAUCAAAUGAAUAGUAAUAAUAAUCCAUCUCAAGCAUUGGGUUCACUUUUAGCGCAGAAUGCAAUGAACCAGCCACAGUUUUUGCCUAAUGGGCAAUUAAAUUUACUGAAUUCAAUGCAAAACAUUAACCAGCUUCUGCAAAUGCAAGUGCAAAUGCAAAUGCAAAUGCCGGGUUGUGGUCCAGUUGUCUCUCAAAAUCCCAACCUUGUUGCCAACGGGCAAGCAGGUCUUCUGAAUGCCAAUGGAGUUGUGCAACAGUCAGUUAAUGGCAACAACACGAGUCAGUAUAUGCCCCCUAAUGUUACUAUGCAGCAUUCAAACUCGCCUCUAGGGAAAACUUCUGGUUUCCCUCAACCGGAGUGGAAUCAGAAUAGCUUUUCCCCUGGUUCUUCAAAGCCACAGAGUAAUUUAGGAAAAGUCAAUGGGGUUAACAAAAUGAGGAAUGGCUGGAGAAAAUCUCACGACAAGAGCUUCACAGGAAAUACUAAAUUUGAUGCAUUGCAGAGAGGGUUUCCCAAUAUGCAGGUUCAUCGUAAGCAAAAUACGAUAGCAAAUUUCAAGUUCGAUAACGAAAACCGAAGAAAAGGGCAUGAGAAUGUAAACCUUACCCACUCUGAUUCCAACAAACUAAUUCAAGUCAGUGAAAAAAGAACUCUCUCUUUGAACUACACGGAACAAGAAAUUCAACAGUGGCGCGAAGAACGCAGGAAAAAUCACCCAUCGAAAACCAAGAUUGAGAAAAAGUUGAAAGAAGAUCAGACAGACCCCAUGGCCGUUGAUGCUGUUGCCAAGAUACGACGUCAGCAACUCAAGGAGGUCUUGGCAAAGCAAGCUGAAUUGGGUUGUGAAGUUGCAGAAAUACCAUCUUGCUAUUUAUCAGAUUCUGAGCAACAAGCAGAUGGAAGGGGAGAAAAUAAAAGGGCAUUCAAUAAGAGGGAAAGGUUUCAAAAGGGUUUCAACAAACAGGGAAGAUUCCACCAAAAUGACCGGUUCUCUAAGAGGCAAAGGCCUGUAAACCAUGAUUCAGCAAACUUGCAUGGUCAAAAAAAUCACUUUACUAAGAGGCAGAGAGUGGCAAAUGAUGGCUCCAUGAACCAAUGUACAACUAACAAAAAGGAGCCAUCGCUCUUGGAGAAACUUUUGAGUUCUGAUAUUAGAAGAGAUAAGAGACAUCUGUUGCAGGCUUUUAGGUUCAUGGUGAUGAAUUCGUUCUUUCAAGAAUGGCCUGAGAAGCCUCUGAAAUUCCCGGUAGUUAUUGUCAAAGAACCAGGAGACGAAAGCAAAAUUGCCGAAGAGGAAUAUGCUCAGAUAGUGGAACACUGUAAUGAAGAUGCCGAUGAUUGCAGCAAGAAUGAAGCUGAUGUCAUAGGCUGCUUGUAA